GCACCCAAGAGCUUUAUAGAACACAGUGACUCAGAGCGGUUAGUUUUCUUUGGAGUACCCCGGAGUAGUCUUCUUUACGCCGUGGCUAGAUCAGAUGACGAUAUUAAUCUGAAUAUAUAGUAUAGUAAUCAUUUACUGUCGAUCGUGGUGCACAUACUGAGUGAAUCGUGAACAGGGCCGGGCGCUGCUUAUCGGUCUGCUUGUGAUUGUGGAAAGCGCGAUAUCCAUUGUGUCAUCUAUAAAGAGCCGCAUCGCAAAGCCAUCGGCCGAGCCCACGCGGUUCUGAUUCUGGACAUGCGUGCCGCUUCGUCCCGACGUGUCCCGACGGGAAGAACCGCCGGCUUCUCGGCGACGGCGCGCUCAGACUGGCACAAGCUCGGCCCCGAGCUCAUUCGGUUCACUGCCCGCAGCCUAGGGGGCGGUCAAUUUCAAGCUUUCAAAACAGGAGGCAGCCGAGGCGUUGCGGGACUUCCGGUUGGUAGCGCGCAAGCCCGGGGCGUGGAUGCAGGGACCGCUCGGGGUAGACUCCAGGUUCCCGGCUCGUCUCGCAGCCUCCAAAUGGUUCUGCCUGGCGCUUCCCUCCGUGAACUCGGCCUGAUCGAUCGGUGCGAGUGGGGCCGCGACGCAUUCUUCAGCCGGUGAACCUGCGCCAGCGGCGGCAGCUGGCGGCACCGGACGUGCCAACAGAAGAGGCAGAGCGGAGUGCCCUGCGGAUUGGUCACCUUCCCGUGCUAAGGCUGUUGCAUGAGCUUGCCAGGGCCAGGUUCACAAUGCAGCAGCUACAAGGUGCCGCGGCGGCCGGGCACGUGGAAGUGGUUCGCUGCAUGCUGGCCACGCCGGAUGCCGUGAAGCUGGCGGCGGCUGCAUCAGUGGAGGGCAAAGCGACAGAUGCAGGCGGCACGGAAGCCGGCGGCGCUGCGGGCGACAGCAAGGCGCCAGCUGACGCGGCAGGGGACGGCGAUACCUGGUUGCGGCUCUUCUCGCGCGCUGCGCAGGAAGGGUGUGACGUGACGUGGACGAGGAGCGCGGCGCGGCCACCGAUCUGGUUGUGGUGGCAUGCGGUGGCAGUGUGAAGCAUCUGCAAUGGUCUGUGGCAGCAGUGCGGGCAGGCAGGCAGCAGCCCCAGGCGCUCACUGAGGACCAGCAGGUUUGGGAAGUGGCAUGUGAUUGUGAUGUGGGGCAACACCGCCACUGCCGACUGGCUGCUCAGCGAGUCGCUUACGGUGCUGCCUAGCAUCGGAUUUGUGUGCGGGCAGCUGAGGAGGCGCCGCAGCAGUGACUGGUGUGCCGGUGUCAGGUGGUGGCUGGGGGCGAUGUACGAACAGGCCGAGGGCGCCAGGCGUGGUGGGAGCGGAAGCGGCUGUCAAGCAGAGCAGUGUGGGCGCGCUGCUGCCACACCAGCUUGGUCAUAUUUGCGUUAUUGCCGCAGCGAGGUGAACCGUGGCUUUUUGUACAGGGUGCGCGGCACCGGCGGCAGUGGGGCGGAGGAGGAGGUGCGGGUCGCCUGGGGCGGAAUGGAUCACAUACCGUACUGUGCCGCGUUGUCAGUCAGGCUGCCUGGAGUAGAGGAAUGCAGA